AUGGUCAUCAACUGCAACAACUGCCGUGUCAAGCUUCCAGAGGCCAAUAAGUGGGAGAUCCAACACGCGUUCAGUGUCGAGGCUUUCCUGGACAGUGGCAGAAUGACGGACUUCGAGUUCCGGGUGAAGCCGGACGACGAUCCCGACAUCCCCGAGCGGAGAUUCCGUGUGCACAAACUCUUCCUAGCCAUGAGGAACGAGGUGUUCGACGCCAUGUUUUUUGGAGACCUGGCUGAGAAAAGUGAGGUCGUCAUCACGGACGUACACCCAGACGGCUUCGAUUUGCUCCUCAGGUUCCUGUACUCUGGCAAGCCUAAGAUCAGGAGCAUUGACGACGCGCUUCACGCGAGGUUCGCCGCCAAAAAGUACCUGGUUCAGGGUCUUGUCGACGCUUGCAGUGAAUACAUAGCGAAAAACCUCAAGGCCGAUCGGCUGUGCUCAUUUAUAGACUACUACAUGCAAAGCCGCGAGCCAGAAAUGGACGCCGUUGUGGAUUCACUCCUUACGUCGUUCAAUGCCCCGGCCAUCCUCACCUCGAAGGAAUUCAACUUGGCCCUCGAGGAGACUGUUCGGUACAUCGUGGAUAAAAUCAGGAAGGUUUCCGAAGGCAGCGUGAUCAAGGCCGUGUUCGGCUGGGCCCAGGAACAGUGCGUCAAAAGCCUGCAUUCGGACAACCCGAUCGAAGUGAAGGCACUUAUGCGCACUUUCUAUCCAAAGCUGCGGUUCUUGACCAUGACGGCUGAAGAGUUUGUAGCGGGAUUCAGUUCCUGGGGUCUGCUUGAAGACGCCGAGAAUCUUGCGAUACUGCGCAAUAUCGUAAAGAGAGGAUGUCAGAGUCUGCCGGAAGGAUUCUGCAACGUCACCAACAAUCGCUUCUAG